UCUAAAAAGUACUACAUCCACCCUUAUCUUACCCAGUUUUGGACUGUACACAAUAGGACGUGAUACUUUAAACCUUACCAGAAGAUUUGCUUGAUUUAUCCACAUUUUUGUGUCGGGUUUAACGAAGUAACUUACGCGAAUCUCUGCUAUGGCAAAAGGAGAAGGAGGUGAGCAGUCCUCCAAUGCCAGUUUACUGAGCAAACUGUCCACGGAUGGUAUCAAGAUCGCCAGGCGGCACGAGAACAGGAACAGGCUAUCAAUCUGCAACAAGAUAAGCUAUGCCAUCGGUGGCAUACCCUACCAGAUGACAGGAUGUGCCCUGGGCUUUUUUCUGCAGCUUUAUCUACUGGAUGUAGCUCAGUUGGACCCCUUCUAUGCCUCCAUCAUCUUGUUUGUGGGCCGAAUAUGGGAUGCCAUAACAGACCCCACAGUGGGCUUCCUGGUCUCACGAAGUCCUUGGACACGUUUCGGACGCAUGCUGCCCUGGAUCUUGCUCUCAACCCCCCUGGCUGUGCUUUCCUAUUUUCUCAUAUGGUACGUUCCUCCUUUUGAGGAUGGCAAAGUCAUCUGGUACCUUUUCUUCUACUGCAUCUUCCAGACUCUUCAAACUUGCUUCCAUGUGCCAUACUCUGCACUCACCAUGUUCAUCAGCUCAGAGCAGAAAGAGAGAGACUCAGCCACCGCAUACAGAAUGACUAUGGAGGUUCUGGGCAGUGUGCUUGGCACAGCUAUCCAGGGCCAGAUAGUAGGCACGGCCAAUGCGCCCUGUCUCCCAGGACCCGGUGACAUCUUGGCAGACCUGAGCAACUCCUCACAGUCCUUCACACUCAAUGACUCCAAGUCUGUCAUCUCCCCGGAAAACACGAGAACAGCCUACAUGAUUGCCUCUGGUGUGAUCUCCUUGAUCUAUGUCCUCUGUGCUGCUGUUCUUUUUAUCGGUGUGCAUGAGAAAAAAGAGUGUUAUCGCCCCAGGUUGGAGCCCAUGGGGUUCUUCCAGGGGAUUAAGCUGGUGAUGGGCUUCGGGCCAUAUGCCAAACUGGUUUCAGUCUUCCUCUUUACCUCACUGGCUUUCAUGCUCCUGGAGGGAAACUUUGCUCUGUUCUGCUGCUACACGUUAGGCUUCAGAAGCAACUUCCACAAUAUUCUGCUGGUCAUCAUGGUGUCCGCUACUCUGACGAUCCCUGUCUGGCAGUGGUUUCUGACUCGCUUUGGGAAAAAGACGGCAGUUUAUGUUGGCACCUUGUCUGUGGUUCCCUUUUUGAUCCUGGUGGUGUGUAUGGAGAGUAGCCUGAUUAUCUCCUACAUCGUCUCCAUUGCUGCCGGGGCCGGGGUGGCCACAGCCUUCCUGCUGCCCUGGUCUAUGCUGCCUGAUGUUGUCGAUGAUUUCCAAGUGCAGAACCCCAACUCCACUGGACAUGAAGCUCUUUUCUAUUCCUUCUAUGUCUUCUUCACCAAGUUUGCCUCUGGAGUCUCCCUGGGCAUCUCCACUCUCAGUUUAGACUUUGCAGGUUACAUUAGUAGAGGCUGCUUUCAACCAAAGGAAGUGAAUUUAACCCUGAAACUGCUGGUUUCCGCUGCUCCUAUAGUUCUCAUCUUUGUUGGCCUGGUCAUAUUGCACUUCUAUCCGAUCGAUGAGGAGAGGAGGCAAGGCAACCGCAAACUGCUGCAGGAACAGAGGGACAAUGAGGCAGAUUCAGAAACGGACUCAACAGAACUGGGCAACACGGUCUAGCAAAUUUUAGAAAGGCCCACAGGGCAAUCCAAUGAUUGACUUGCAUUUUGCACUGGGCCGGACCAACGGACCUGGGCCGGUCAGAGCUGCUAUUCCAUGUAUCCAGAACUUGAAUGGCUCAAGUGUCGUCAUUUGAGCCACAGACACCUUUCUCAAACAAUCUACCAUCAUCCUCUGUGACAUUCUUGAGGCAUGAGAGUCACGCUCUUCUUUUGUUCAUUUGCAUGUCAAAAGCCUUACUUUUUGUAUAACAUACAACUUUUGAGUACUGUGGAAAAAAAUCUUUAUUUUUUUUUUUUAACGUUGGUCUUGUUCUCCGUUGAAAUCACUCAAAACCAUGAAAUGUGAUGGAAGCUGGGGUUUUUUAAUAUUCCGGUGCUGCCAUUUUUGGUGCUACUUACUGGACGUGAACACUUUUCCAUCCUUGUACAUACAACACUGAACAUAAAUGACCUUGAGCAUUGCGCUUAAAAUCAGCUUCAUUGUUCUGAGAUGUGAACAUUGGGAGAAACUUGAACAAACAGUGCUAAUGCCUUAAGUUUAUCCCUGCGUUGGGGUUAAAAUUGCAGAACUGACAUUUUUCACUCACAUGCUCUUCAAUUACUGGGAUGGAUUUUGAACAUAUUUAUAUGUUUUGUAAUUUUACAGUUUCUUCUUGUAGUUUACUGAAACCAGUCAAUCACUCGAUUUCCACCUAAUUCCCACAUCACCAGCCUUUUUUUAAAAUUUCCUUUUUUUCUUUUUAAAGAAGCGGUGGCCAGACAUUAACAGUUGUGCUAUGAAGGGCUUUCUUUAUUUGCUCACCAUAGCAGGCUACUGAAAACACUACAAUAGUAAAAGCAGUUAAUUUGCAUAUGUAACUGCAACAUCCAUUCAGCAAUUGCAUUAUGUAUAUCGUACUGAUAGGACAGCAGCUGAAGAGGGGACAAGCUUCUUUUCUGUGAAUGCUUUCAUUUCCUUUAAUACUAAGCAAAGCAGUGGCUACAACCAGAACUAAUUUAGUAAUAUCAUUAUUUAAAUAUUUAUUAGUUUUGAUUUUACUGGGUUUGAAUUCAGAUUUGCUGGAAAGUCAUGUCUUGCAGUAUUUAAAUAUUUUAUGUUAUUCCAAUCAAAUUAGUAGUUUGAAAAUGAGGGAAAUGGGGUGGUAGUCAAAUUUUAAAACAGUCAUACUCCUUUUGAUGCAUGUUGCCAUCACUAGUAUGUCUAUACUCUUUACUCUAUAUACUCUAUAUGUAUUUAAAAAGGGAAGGAUAUAAUUGUGAAAAAAAAGACUGGAAGAUGGGGAAGUGAACUUAUCUUUUUUUUGUUUUUUCUUUGUACAUAUGUGUGUUUAUUGAUGGAACAGCCAGGAUGCUUUGUGAUCAUCUCAAUCUCUUAUGAAAGUGAGAGUUGACAUAUUUCAUAUCUGUUGAUUUGGAAAUGUGUACAUAGUGUCAUAUGUUAUACAUACUGCUACAUCUCCAUUAUUGCCCUGCCAACUGGGUUGCCAAUGUGACAAUGUUAAUUAAUUCACUUUAUUUGUAUUUUUCUAAGUUUAUUCUCCCCUAAGUUGCUCCUUUUAUCACUAGAAGUGGAUACUGUACAUGCUACAUGCUGUACAUGCCAUUUUCACCCAUAAACUCUAAUAAUUGUACAUCCUGUAAAUGUUUUAUUUUGUCAGUUUGUGUUGUCUUUUGUGGGUCUGUCAAUGAACUUCCCUCAUGACUCUUGAGGCUGUAGCCAAAUGUGUGAGCUUUAAUCCCACAGGUACACAUUGAAGCCUUGUGUACAUGCCUCCUGUGCAUAUGUAUAUAUUGUACAUAAACCUGUAAAUAUCUUUGGUAUUUGUGGCUGUAAGUGAAAUGAACCUAUGUACCUUGUACUCUAGUUAUUUAAGGAAAAAUAUUGUUAA